AUGUCGACCGUUAUUGUAUUUGGGCCGACCGGCAACAUCGGUUCCGUCGCAGCCCGUACUGCCCAAGAGCAUGGAGCUAAGGUUGUCCUAGCCAUGCGCGACCCGAAGAAGGCCAUCCCGGGUCUGAGUGUGCAGCAAGAGCAAGACGGUGGUUUCACAAAAGUCCAAGCCGACAUGACGGACGCCGAUUCCGUCGCUGCAGCCGUCAAGAAAUCCGGAGCCAAGCGCGCCUUCAUCUACGCCGCCUUUGGCUCUCCAGAUCACAUGAAGUCCACUCUUGAAGCUCUGAAAUCCGCUGGCAUCGAGUUUGUCGUCUUUCUGAGCAGUUACACCAUCUCGGGUGAGCCCAAGGACGUCGACUCCGGUGAUCUCAUCCCUUACAUCCACGCGCAGGUGGAACUCAACCUCGAUGACGUCUUCGGUCCGGAGAACUACGUCGCCGUGCGCCCUGGAGGUUUCGCCACAAAUAUGUUGCGUAACAAGAGCGAUAUCGCGGCUGGAGAGGUGAAGCUUUACACACCGAACUUUGAGCUUGAUUGUGUCACGCCUAUUGAUAUGGGUCGGGUCAGUGGAACUAUUCUUGCACAGGGACCGAAGAAUGGACAGCGAAAGGUCUAUGUCUAUGGCCCUCAGGUCAUCUCGAUGUCAGAAGCCAUUCACACUAUUGCUAAGGUUUUGGGCAAGACUGUUAAGAUCACUACUAUCAAUGCGGAAGAGGCCAUGGAGCAACACCUCAGCCAUGGUCUACCUAAGCCGCUGGCGGAGUAUAUGAUUCGGAGAUUCGGAACUGAUGAGGAUGCCAAUGUUCCGCGUGCUCAUUAUGAGGAGGGGGUUCAAAAUGUGCAGCUUUACACCGGAGCACCUUCUACCGGGUUCCAGGAAUGGGUGACUGCGAACAAGGAUCUGUUCAGUGCGUGA